AAAUUAACAACAUUAAUUAAACAACCUUUCUCUCUCUUUCUUCUUCUUCUUCUUCUUCUAUCAAUAUCAGAUUCUCUCUCCUGUUCUUCUCUCUCUAAUGCUUGUGGUGCCAUCUCGGCUGCAAACAAUCAAGCCCAGCCGCUGGUGAUCGCUGUGUUGUCGAUCUCCUCAAGAUUCUGAUUUCAUAGAUAAAUGACUUGUUGAGGUGAUAUAGUAAGAAAGUUCCUAAUAAAUGGCAUCAGUGGGUGUACCACCUGCUUCUGGUAUGAGAGAAUCCAGUGGUCACACUGUUGGUGUUGAUAGUUUGCCUGAGGAGAUGAAUGACAUGAAAAUCAGGGAUGAUAAGGAUAUGGAAGCAGCAGUUGUUGAUGGUAAUGGGACUGAGGCAGGUCACAUAAUAGUGACAACUAUUGGUGGUCAAAAUGGUCAACCAAAACAGACUAUAAGUUACAUGGCUGAACGAAUUGUUGGGCAUGGAUCAUUUGGUGUAGUAUUUCAGGCUAAAUGCUUAGAAACUGGUGAAACUGUUGCUAUAAAGAAAGUUCUUCAAGACAAAAGAUACAAGAACCGGGAAUUACAGACCAUGCGUCUUCUUGACCACCCAAAUGUAGUGUCAUUGAAGCACUGCUUCUUUUCUACAACUGAUAAGGAUGAACUGUAUCUUAAUCUGGUUCUUGAAUAUGUACCUGAAACUGUACACCGUGUUCUCAAGCACUACAAUAAGUUGAGCCAAAGGAUGCCAUUGAUAUUGGUGAAGCUUUACACAUAUCAGAUUUUCAGGGCAUUGUCUUAUAUCCAUCGCAGUAUUGGAGUGUGCCACAGGGAUAUCAAACCUCAAAAUCUUUUGGUGAAUCCACAUACUCAUCAAGUUAAGUUAUGUGAUUUUGGAAGUGCGAAAGUUCUGGUUAAAGGGGAGCCCAAUAUUUCUUACAUCUGCUCUAGGUAUUAUAGAGCUCCAGAGCUUAUUUUUGGAGCGACAGAGUACACUACCGCCAUUGAUGUCUGGUCUGCAGGUUGUGUCCUUGCUGAACUGCUUCUAGGACAGACACUAUUUCCUGGUGAAAGUGGAGUUGACCAGCUUGUAGAGAUCAUUAAGGUCUUGGGUACUCCUACCAGGGAAGAAAUUAAAUGCAUGAAUCCAAACUAUACAGAGUUCAAAUUCCCGCAAAUUAAAGCUCAUCCAUGGCACAAGAUAUUUCAUAAGCGUAUGCCACCAGAAGCAGUUGACCUGGUUUCUAGGCUUCUGCAGUACUCUCCAAAUUUACGCUGCUCUGCUUUGGAUGCCUUGACCCAUCCUUUCUUCGAUGAGCUACGUGACCCCAGCAUUCGCCUCCCAAAUGGACGCUUUGUUCCACCGCUGUUCAACUUUAAGCCACACGAGUUGAAGGGUGUGCCAACGGAAACCAUAAUGAAAUUGGUUCCUGAGCACGCGAGAAAACAAUGCCCCUUCCUGGGAUUGUGAUUCCUGAAGAGCACGACAGAUAAAUGAUGAAUCAAGCGUUCCUUUCGAAGCUCUUUUUCUCCUGUCUGUAACCAUUAUUUUCGUAUGUAUCUUUGUAUUGCCUUGUCUCGAAAAAGCGCAGAUGUAAGGAAAUGCGUUCAACAAUCGCCUCGGCUUCAACUUGUGGUGUACCAUGUAUCCUGUCUUUGUAUGACCUGUAGUUGUAACAUCAUGUGGUUUAAGGAAUUUGAAUGUACUGUUGAGAUUGAAUGUCAAAUGGUUGGAAUUCUGAAACAAGAUUUUUCAUUUUGGUAAAUUUGAUGAUAGGGGGACCACUUGGGUUCAUACUCAAA